GAGUUGGUGACAAGCAAAAGCAUCGCAUUGGGUCAGUUGGACACAGCGUGUAAAUAACAAGUGUCGACGGCGAUAAAGUUUUAGCGCAAACCAAAAUAACAGCAAAACACUUCGGCUAAAUUUGGUAGUGCGAGUCAGUUGGCCACACGGGCACUGCGCGUGCCGUUCAGUUACAGUUAUUGCGUCUCGCUACUUCCAUAUUGAUUAGAGAACGCUAAAUCACACAACAGCUCACCGAUUAGUAUCAAGUAUUAGCUGAUAGAACAACAACCGGGCGAAGCUUGCCUUUCUUCGCUGCUAAAUGAGAAUCAGUCACUCAGAACCACAGCUGGUAGCAGCGAGUUCGGACGCGCCGACGAAACACGUUCUCUCACAGGCGUGAAGAAUUGUGCAGAAGCUUUCAUACUUUAUCAAUCGUUAUUAAUCAGAAACAAUUACCUCGCCAAGUGUUGCUAAAAACUGCCGGAAAUUUUAUAGAAUUCUUUAGAUACGGUGUUGUGAAAUUGAAAAUACAAAAAAUUUAUAUAAAAUAUUAAUACAGUUUUGAAAUUAUUUUUCAAAUAAUACGCAUAAAUUUCUCAACGAAUGGAAGUGUCAAGUUUGGUCUGUUAAACAAUACUGACGACCGAUUCAAAGUACCAAAAAGGCAACUAAAGGACUCUUUUUUUAAAUCAAAUUAUAUAAUGUGCCUUUAAGUGAAACCAAAGCAAGACGCCUCUUGAUCACAGCGUGGACUAGGAUUAAUUGACUGCAGCGGAUUUGACACGAAAACAACAAAUAACAAAAACUCCUAAACAGCGAACACUCACAACAACUGAAUAAACAUUAUAUUAUAUUAAUCAAAUAUAAUUUAUUGAAGCCAAAUAAUUGAUAGUAUUAGUAGUAUUGUAAGCAGAACAAAACAUAGAAAAUGAAUUCUGAAUUAGCGAAGAUAGAGGGCAGCACGCUUGCGCUCUCACCACUCAUUACCAAAGCGCUGAAAAAGAAGCCGACGAAACCGCUGGGCGAACGCAAGAAAGCCGUGAGACGACAGGAACUGAUGGUGUUGCUUGGAAACACCUGUGUGGUGGCGUCUGGCAUGUCGGUAGCAUUACCCUCCGUUUCAUUGGGUCAACUAACAAGUAAAGAUGAUAUUUAUCAACUCAGCACCGAGGAAAGCAGUUGGUUUGCAUCCAUCAAUAGUAUGGCCUGUCCAUUUGGCGGUUUGAUUGUUGGUUAUCUGAUGGAUCACUUUGGCCGCAAGAAGACAAUGCUGCUUACCAAUGUAGUUGGUGUAAUCGGUUCGGCUUUGUUAGCGACGGCACCCUACCAAACUUCCAGAGAUGCUCUCUUCAUACAAAUGUUGAUUGGUCGUUUUGUGUCAGGUCUUAUGAUGGGCGCAGCGCUGUCGCCCAUUGGCUCUUAUGCGGCGGAAAUCAGUUUGCCGCUCAUGCGUGGUCGUCUGAUUUUAGGCUCGUCCAUUGCCAUAGCCACGGGCAUAUUGCUGAUGUAUGUGCUGGGUUUUCUGAUACGUGACCAAUUUCAACUGGUUUGCCUCAUUUCCGCGAUUUAUCAAUUCAUUGCCUUUUGCUGUGUUUUACCAAUGCCGGAAUCGCCCAGCUGGUUGAUGCAGAAAGGUCUUGUGGAGAAGGCACGUAAAUCGCUGAAGUAUUUCCGUGGACUCUCUGAGAAUGACAAAACUACAUAUGACGAGUUCGAGAAGGAAUUGGCAAUGAUUAAAAAGAAUUCCGAUCAGAGCCGAGAAGCUGCCGAAAGCGAAUCACUCUUACAGGCCAUACGCUCACCCGAGGUGCAUAAACCACUCAUCAUGAUGAUGGGUUUCUUCUUCUUCCAACAGUUCUCGGGCAUUGUUAUUGUAAUUGUAUUCGCUGCACAAGUUGCCACCAGCGCCGGUGUCUCCGCAGAUCCUAUGCUCGUAGCCAUCUUCGUCGGUGUGGCACGCAUCACCACCACCUUUUUCAUGGGCACGAUUUUCGAGCGUUGGGGUCGUCGACCAGCCGGUAUGCUCUCAGCGACCGGCAUGACAGUCACCAUGUUUCUGCUGGCGGCUAACGGCUGGUGGCCAGUCAUCGGCGAAUACUUGCCACUGUUGCCAAUUAUUUGCAUUGUGCUGCACAUCGUAUUCUCCGUUUUGGGAAUGCUGACACUGCCAUUCUUGAUGAUCUCCGAGGUGUUUCCACAGCGUGUGCGUGGCAGCGCCAACGGUUUCACGCUGUUCGUGGGACUCGCAUUCUCAUUCUCCGUUGUGAAAGUGUAUCCCAGCGUGGAGGCGCUGAUAGGUACACCGAAUAGCUUUGCCGGCUUCGCUCUCAUUUCACUGCUCGGAUUGGUGUUCAUCAUUUUCUUCGUGCCUGAGACGAAAGGCCGUACAUUGUUGGAAAUUGAGAACUACUUCCGCACCGGACGACGUGUAACGAAUGCGCAAGUGGCGCGCCGCGAUUCACAGAUCGCAAUGGAGGUCGCCGCGGGCGUCUAUAGUUCACAGUAUGAGCUGGAUGAAGUCAUCAAGCGUCUGAGUAAACUGCACGAAGACUGUGAGGCAAAUGAAAACGAUGAUUUGGCGUAAAAUAUUUUAGUGUUAUGUAAUGUAUUGUAGGAACAUAUUUAUGAAUUUUUUGGUUGUAGAGAAUAAGUGUACUUAAAGUUAACAUUAAAUAAAUUAUUUGUACUGUGAUGCUUGCUCGAGCUUCCGAUUAAAUUUUUUAAGACAUAAAAUACAAGUUUACUGAAAAAUUAAUAAAACAAGAAUUUAAAAGACUAA